CUCGAUGGGCCUCAUGUUCACAGGCUCAGAUGACGGUGAUGGAAGCUCUUCAGGCACUUGAUCAGAUUGUGGAUGAAUCUGACCCUGAUGUUGAUUUUCCAAACUCUUUCCAUGCCUACCAAACAGCAGAAGAAAUUCGGAAGGUCUAUCCUGGCCUAGACUGGCUCCAGCUGGUUGGAUUGCUGCAUGAUAUUGGGAAAAUCCUCAUUCUCUGGGGGGAGCCACAGUGGUGCGUGGUUGGAGACACCUACCCAGUUGGGUGCAAGUUUCAGGAUUCCAUUGUUUAUAGGGACUCCACAUUUUCAGACAACCCAGACCUUAAGGACCCUAGAUACAGGUAA